GGUUUCGAAAUUUUACAACGGACCCAUUGCUUCAACCAAUAUUAUCAGAUUGGUAUAUGACACAGAAUAUUCAAGAUACUCAAGAAGAUACUGCUGAUAUAAAAUUUUACAAGCAAAUAAGUUACACUUUAUUAAACGAUGAUGGCACAUUUGAUACGUAUAUGAAUUUGCAUUCUGGUGAUAUUGUACAAAUUCAGGAAGAAACCAGGUUGUCUUACGCUAUACUAAAGGGGAUAUUUACGCAUAGAUAUAAUGAUGGUUUAGUAUAUUCAUUUAUUUGGGUUGACUGGUUGCGGGAAUGCUCUAUACUUGAUCCAAUUCUUCAAUGUCCAGUUUAUGAAAAACAAACAGCUAAAAAUACAAGGUGGCACUGA